UUCGGUUUUUGGUUCCUAGGGAGGUUUCGAAGCAUUGAGUCUUUAAUAGGCAUUUUUGGCAGCGCCAUGGCAGUGGCUUUAGCUUUGCCCCAAAAUGCUCGGAAUGAGGUGCGUUCCUGGUGGCCGCUCCAAGACGUCAUUCCUCGUGAACUGAGCAGCGAGGAGCAGGAUCAAGGACGAGAGAUCUCGCACAUCUUGAAGACUUUUGCUUGGUUCCAUCCGCCCCGAGGUAGCGCUGGCGAGCGGUCCAGCGCAGAUCAAGCCAAUCGCAUUGUGCAAGAGUUCCCCUUCACAUUCUCCUGCAACUACCCGGACCUACUAGCUUCGCUGGAAAAGCUUCGCCAGUGGAAGGACACGGCAAAAGGCGCGGAUCUCCCAUCCGUUCAGCUGAGCAAUGCCUUCGGCCGCUUCGCCCGGGAGACGGCGCUGUUGUCCCAGGUUCUCCGAGAAACUGCUAAACAUCAAGCUAUUGAGCUGGUCCGACUGAUGGCACAAGGGGACUUCAUUCAGAUCUCGCAAGGACACUUGAGAUACAUUCUGAAUGCCUUCAGAUAUGAGGACUUCAGCCGACACUGUAAUGAUUUCCAGCUCAAAUGGUGGAUGACGAUCAUUGCGAAGCUCAUUGAGACCGUCCUUCAAGAACAACCAUUACACAAGAGGACGUGGCAGGAUGAAAUAGCUCGCUUCCUGGACGACAGCGAGAGUGAGUUCUACCGAGAUCUCGAUGUUCGCGUAUGGCCAGUUGUGAGGCGCUUGGUGUGGGAGGAAAGGCCACACGGCCUGCAAUUGGAAGCCCUGUGCCAGCAAAUUCGUGCCCAACUUUGCAGUAGAGGCUUUUCGGCCAUGGAAAAGUGGCACGGGCUUCAGGCGGCUGCAGGGCUGAUCAGGGAGUUGAAGCUCUACCGAGCUUUCUGUCAAGAUGGGAAUGAAAUCUAUCACACCUUCAACGACAAGACAUUGCAUCUGGACAAACGUAAAGAGCUGGUUUGGAUGGUCCUUGAACAAGCCCCCUGCAGCAUCGCCCGAGCCACCUUGCGCUACAUGGACGACGACUUGGACGAGACCGAACGACAUGACAAUCCACAGCAUUCGAUGCUUCAAGCACUUCUGGUCAAGUUGGAUGAAGACGUCCGGACCUGCCCAAAGGUCUACUUGAGGACGAUGAGAACCUGGCUCAGGAGAGUGUUGGAAGAUGAAGAACUUACACCCGACCAAAUUUGUGAGCACAUUGAGCCUCAUGCGGCUCUUGAUGAUGAUGCAAGCAACUAUGAGACCUUGGCGAAGGAUGCCGUGAACUUCCUGCACCAAAAUCACCGCACCUUCGAAGCAUCCAAGAUACUGGCCAGGCCAAGGGGGCAAAGGUCGAAAGUGAAAGAGAGCUUGCGGAAUGACCAGCAGAUCGAGUACUUGGUCUCGCUUUACAAGGACGUCGAAGCGCCCAAGGAUGACUUCGGCCCCUUGGCAGAUGGCUCCAUGGCUUUACCCAGCUUUCCCAUCUAUUGCAUGCCGGGCAACGAGAUGGAGGCCGAUGACAACGAGGGCUAUCGAGAACUUCAGAAGCUCUUGACGGACCGCACCUACACUCCUAUUGGAAUUUGGUGGCUGUGGCGCUGCUUCGACGGCUACAAUGACCAACAUGCGCGGGCCGCGGUGGUUGCCAUUACCUUCCGAGAUCGUUUCUUCUUGGUGGAUAUACUGAAGCUGGACACUCUGGAGAAGGCAAGGCAGGGCCUGGACGGCAAGUACAAGAGGCUCCUUUUGAGCAUCCUCAAGGCGAAACAUCUCCUGAAAGUCGUCCACUACUUGGAGGGCACAGGUCUUCGGGCACUGCAGCUGGCGUUGAUCACCGAAGAAGAGCGUGAAGGCGACGAAAAGCCCACGAACUAUGCAGAUGUCUCGCCCACCAUCGACCUGUGCUGGGUUAUGGCAUAUCUGCAUGGGACAUCAGGGAGACAAGAAAAGGAGCUCGUGGGUCUCGUUUGGAAGUAUUUGCGGUGGGAUCUCUGUGUGACUGAAGCCUUGAGCAACUUUGAACGUCGACCUUUACGGGAGUCGCAGAAGCACUAUGCGUUGAGCCUGGCCUGGUGCCCUUUGGUCAUCCUUCGCGCUGUUUGCGCACAUGGACUUGUUAGAGAGGAAGUGGUCACGUCGCUCUGCAUUGUGGCGAACGGAGACUGGGUGACGGACAAGAGGGACGAGGCCAUGCAUCGUGAGAAUUUCGGCGAUGGAAGCAGCUUUGCUGGAGCAGGGGGGGAAGAGGACCAGCGCAACAUUUGGGAGGAGACCAGGAAGAGCGUGGAACGCGAACAGUGGGAAGAGGCAAGAAGACAGGUGGCCGAAGAAGGAGGGUCGAUCCGCAGUGCGCGCGGAGAUUGGUUGAUGACGCUGGACCAGGAACCGGAGGACAAGGACUACCCGUUGGAGGUGAUCUUGCCGAGCCAGGCAGUGAGACAAUUCAGACUGAAGAAUGAGGAUGUUCAAGGACGCCAACCCGGAUUGGAGAGAGCCCGCAGAACUGCACAAAAGCCAGUCUAUUGGAACGAUCGGACAGUUGUCAAGGACAUAGUGGCUGAGCUGUUUAACAAGGAGAUGUCCGAUUGGGAACUGAAGGCUCUGUACGAUCGGCAAGAGAGCUAUCGACCGCCCUGGCGAAGUGCUUCGUGACCCAUCGACGUGGGCACCGGGCGACGCGGGCGACGUGCGUCGUUGACUGAAUGAGUCAAGUCGCCAUAGGCGGUGUGCCCGCUGCGCGGCCGUGCUGUUUGAGAGGCCGAAUGUUUAGUGACCAAGAGGACAGGACAGAUCGGAAAUUGUAUUAGGACACUAUGCUCGGUGG